UCCGGUGUUUGUUGUUGCUUCUGUUCCGGCUCUUCUUCCUUUGCCACUUUCAAUUUAUUCUACCUUUAUUCUGGCCCCAUUGAGUCGGAUUGCACGACUCGUUUAUUUGUCUCCUGCCUCUCUGUCCUGGGGCCGAAAGUAUCGGCCUCCUUGACACGAGCCUCUGCUUCCGCAAAACGAAGAAUGAGCUGGUGCAACCGCCUGAAGGGUGUAUUGCAACAGUGCCGAUUGCUUUGGCGUCAUCCAAAUGCGCCAGAACGACUUCAAUAAGAGGCGCCAAUUAUACUCAUUUGGUCAGUUUUACCCCUUCCUUCCUCCUGCUCAAGUCCUCACCAAAACUAAAAAUAGUUGCUUAA